CCUCCGACGACGCGUAUCAGGGUCACAGGGUCUCAGGCUAUCUAGCCGCCUUCCCAGACGACGAAGCUAGCUAGCUAGACUCUUAAGAUUUUACCCAUGGCUCCCGCCAAGCUCGCCACCGGCCUCGCCGUCGCCGUCGUAGCCUGCGCCUUCGCCUUCGCCUCCACCUCCACGGCCACCGUCGCGGCGCAGAGCUGCGCGGAGCAGAUCAAGUACUUCACCAACUGCCUGGCCCGCGACGAGAUCCGCCAGCAGUGCUGCGUCGUGGUCGAGAACACCAGCUGCCUCUGCCAGCUGAAGCGGGCGGUGGCGGUGCCCUGCAUCCCGCACCGCCGCCACGGGCACCGCUGCCCGGUGAACGUGGUUCCGCCGGCGGUGCAGAUGGCCGAGCUGCAGCGCCUCCCGUGCUUCAAGGGCCUCAAGUGCUUGCGAGCUUAGCAGCUGAUAGGUCGUAUUUGCGUUACAUAUAUGGACGUAUGCUUCAAUGCUUGGUGUCUUUCUUGUUCGCUUGUUGCUACUGUCUCAAUUCUUUUUCCUUAAUUCAGUAACUUCUGUUCUGAGCUUUGUUGUGUUCAUGUAAUGGAUCUUCGUUUGUCAGUGUCACACUUCCUUGUUGUAUGAAUAAUAAAAUGUGUGCACGUGACUGUUCCUAA